AUCUGCUUCAGGAAACUGGUACGGAGAAGUGAAAUUUAACCAGCUGUGAGUCUUUGUGAAAGCUGGCUAGCAUCAACCUACUCCAUGGGAAGAAAGAAGCUUUUCUAUGAGUGUUUGAACGUCUCAUGAAAUUGCCUGAUAACCUCUGGUAUUUUUCUUUGUUUAAAACAAACCAAGACACAAUGCUGGAGUUGCCGAGAUUCAGCGUCUUGUUGCGUCUUUAUGUUAGUCUGAGCUUCGCCUUCUCUACCGUUGUUCCUUCCACAGUUCCUGUCCUAACCAAUGUCAGUGUGACAUGCCACAAUUUUAAAAAUGUAUUAUAUUGGAACUACAGUGAACCUGAGCUAGAGACUGCAUUCAACAUAGAAAUCUAUGAAUAUGAAGGUGAACCCAAGUCGGCACGUACCAAUCAGACCUCCCUGGAUGUCAGCGAAUACACUCAGGAUCCUGGGAAUAGUUACUACAUAACAGUGGAAGCUCAGCCAAAAGGAUCAGACCUUCACGUUUCAUCUGACGGCUUUAGCUUCAGCUACAACGAAGACUUAAAUUCUGAUGUCAGAUGUGUGGUGGACUUCCCGGUGUUAGAGGUUUCCGUCUUACCACACACACUCGAACUCUCCUUUAAACAUCCCUAUUAUGUCCAUAAAGAUGAAUCUCUCAAUGAUGAAUUUUGGUACGACAUUUCUUUUAACCAGACACAGAGCGAGUACAGUUGUCUUGUGGACGAUGACAUAUGCACAGCAGACAUCCACCUAAUUGAAAGUCUUUAUGGGCGCUGCAUGAGUUUACACAUCAAAGGAUAUGUUAAUAGAAUACCAACUGAAAUUUCCACAAAUGUGUGCGGCGCUGGAGCUCCUGUUACCGCGACAGAUUGGACACUGAUUUUAACCGUUUUGGUAUGCUGUGUGUUUGGCCUUCUGAUCCUAAUAAUAUUGGGAAUUGUGUUUUACAAAAAACUGACUCGGCCUGACUCUCAAAGCACAAUCUUCUCCAUACUAAAGGCAAUUGUGAAUGUUCCCGAUCGUGUCAUUCACGAGCCCGAGCACCCUACUCUGUCCGAGGUAAGGUCUGUAGGUGAGACCCCUCUGCUGGAUAUGGACGAUCAGAAUCAUUUAGAUACCUCCACCCACUGGCUUGAUGAUAAAAAGACUCUUGAUCCCACUCACUUCCCUUCUCACCUCAAUACUGAUCUAAAGGAAUUCGAAGAGCAAGACCAUGGAGAGGUGACUGAGGACACAGAUUCUGAAGGCUUUAACAGUGGGAACAGCUUCUCAGGCUAUGACAGCCAAAAGUUUCCUAUUGAUAUGGGACAAGGAGAAAUUAUAGAUGCCUACGGGCCACGUUAGCUUUAAAGUGCACCCUGGGUAUUUGGCAAAAAAACCAAUUUCAAAAGAUUCUGUACUUGUAGUUGCGUGGAAUUGCAACAUUUACUAGACAAGUUUACAGGUGCAUGAUAAUCUGCAAUGUAUUCAUAUACUAUAUUGGACAUUUACAGAUCUGCAAGCCUUUAUGCUUUUUUGUGCCUUUUUACAUCGGCGUAUGCCACUGAACAGAAUCUUCUUUUUUUUCUUCUUCUUUUUUUUUGUCCCCCACAAUAAAACAGCAAUAUGGGUGUUUUGAGCACUCUCAUAUAAAAUUAUAUCACCUGGAAGCUCCGCCCCCUUUCCUUCCAUCUCACAUUAGUACUGUUUCAGCCAUUGAUUUGAUUUUCCUCGCUUGAACAUUUCAGGUAUAUUGUAGACGUUCAUUCGAGUGGGGAAUUGAGGGGUUUCCUUUCCCUUUCAGAAGAAACAAAUGCAGUAGACUGUUACUACAGUAGGACUUAUUCGAGGUCUGAAACUUGGCGAUGCUCGCUUUAACAUUAAAACACAAUAAUGUUUUUUUUUUUGUUUGUUUUUUAAUAUUUGGCAUUUUAGUUUAGGGGAGAAGUUACAGGGUUUUUUUAAAAAAGAAAAUGGUUUCAAUAACAGCUUUAAAUGAGAGUUAUAUAAAAACAGAAAGAGCUGAGGUGUCUCAGCACGUGCCAAGUAAAGUACUGAGACAGAUGCUGGCUGUUUGAGGACUAACAAUUUUUUUUUAUCUGAUGCCUUGAAUUCUCCAAAGAUGGCAUAGUUUUUUUCCACUAUAAAUAGGUUGAAUUAGAUGGACUGAGUUUGAUCAACAUCAUUCCGCAUUGACUGAAGAUCUGUAAAAGAGCUCAAGCCAUGAAAAUACUUGUACAGGAUUUUUCCAGCCCACUUAUUGUUUGUUCUGCAGACAUCUGUGAUUUGUUUGAGCAUUUGAUUAAAGAUAUUUCGAGCUCGAUAUGACUGACUGGAUGUUUUACCCAACUAUGAAUAGCACCAGUCAAUGCGCUUUGUAGUAUCAAAAAAGCAAUCUAAUAAGCAUUCAUUGUACAACAUAUAUAUAUAUAUAUAUAAAUAUAUAAAUAUAUAUAUAUAUAUAUAUAAAUAUACUCACACAGAUGUCAGACAUUUUUCAGCUGUUCCUGAAAAAAAAAAAUAAACAAAUUAAAUUGUGGAUGUGAUUAGAUGGA